AUGGGAGGGGGGUUAUUGUUGAGUGCCAUUGCACAGGACACCAAAAAUCAUAUCUUUCCAAUUGCUUUUUGUGUUGUGGAUAAAGAGAACGAUGCAUCUUGGAUCUUCUUCUUCGAGAAGUUGAAGUCUAUAGUAGAAGAUAAACCAGAUCUAUGUGUCAUCUCCGAUAGGCACAUUAGCAUUGUCAAUGCCUUCUCUCGUGUUUACAGUCGUGCGCAUCAUGAACUUUGCAUGAGGAACGUCGCUGAAAAUCUUCAUGUAAACCAACACUGUGGAGAGCAUCUUUAUCUAUUUUACGCCGCGGUAAAGACUUAUUCUUUUAAUGAAUUUAGCAAGCAUUUUUCAAAAUUAAAGAAUAAUUGCCCCGAGACAGCACAUGUCCUUGAAAAUAUGCUUGAUUUUGAUAAGGAGCGGCAUGCAUUUUUCGGCAUUUCAAAUAAUAAAUUUGUGCCUUUUGCGGAAAAGAUCCUAAAAAAAAAUAAGAGUGCGACCAAUUCCUUGUUUGUGACUAAUGUGAAUGAGGAUCUCGACCAAUUCACGGUGUUCGGUAAUGGUGUUAUUACUAAGGUCAAUUUCUUGGAGAGAAGUUGUUCUUGUAGGAAAUAUGAUUUGGUAAAACUGUCGUACAAACAUACGAUGGCCGCUUUGCGAGCAAAGUAUGGCGAUGAUGAAGAUUAUGGUAACUCCAUCUAUGAUUACUCUUCACCUAUUUAUAAAGUUGAAACUUACCUUCUUGCAUACUCUGAAUCUAUUAACAUUGUCUUCCUCGAGUCCGAAUGA